UAUAAACUCGCAAAGGGAGUGAAGUAAAUUAUUUCCAUGAAUAAUUGUAGUGUGGAAGUCUGCAUUAUCCUCUACCACCGCGGCUCUCCCAAUAUGCCAACUGAGCCUCCUCCAACAUUUUCUGCACUGGAAGAGCGGAUUGAUCAUUAUUUGUUGCAUCCUGACAACCUUCCCAUACAUGAUUAUAGGUACUGUCAAGAGUAUGUGGAGCCAGCGACCGACUUCACUGAGCUGCUGGCAGUUGAGCGGAGCCCUGUCUCCACCACCCUACAGGUGGACCGUGACCCGACCACAGGCGAGAUCCGCGCGUUCACUGAGGUGCCCGUGGACCCCGCCGAGCUGGGCCGCACGGCGCGCAACUCGUUCUCACUGCGACGUGCGCCGGGCCCGGCCGAACAGGACGUGCGGGGCGACGUGGCCAAUUUCCCAUUCUGGCCGGGUGGCAUGGCGCCGCCGCCGCCGGCCGAGCCCGAGCUGGAAGAGCUCGACCCCAGCGAGUACCUGACGCUGGCACCGGGCCUCUCGGACGGUCUGCGCCUGGAGUUGGCCGAGCCUGACUGGGCGCCGGCCACCGACCCGACCGCCGGCGAGCCGCUGGUGCCCGAGCUCGGCUACGACUGGGUGUGGCAGCGCGACUCGGCCGCCGAGGAGCCGUCGCUCGAGCCGCCGCAGUCCGGCCCGAGCCCCGCCGACCAGCAGCAGCAGACCGAGCUGGAGGCCGCGCUCACGCCGGCGGUGGUGCCGGUGCUGGGCACCACGGAGGCCGCCCGGCCCGGCCGCCGCCUCAGGUCUACCAAGUGGGCCGAGGAAGUGGACAUCAGCCGACCCAUCGACGACUUCCACCGGCUGGUGCCCAACAUGGCUCACAAGUUUCCUUACGAGCUAGACACUUUCCAAAAGCAGGCCGUGCUGCACCUGGAGCGGGCCGAGAGCGUGUUCGUGGCCGCCCACACGUCCGCCGGCAAGACGACCGUGGCCGAGUACGCCAUCGCCAUGUCCAGGAGAAACGGCACCAAGACGGUGUACACCUCGCCCAUCAAGGCGCUGUCCAACCAGAAGUUCCGCGACUUCAAGACCACCUUCAACGACGUGGGCCUGCUGACGGGCGACAUCCAGAUCAACAAGGAGGCCUCCUGUCUGAUCUGCACCACCGAGAUUCUGCGUUCCAUGCUCUACAACGGCAGCGACCUGAUCCGAGACCUCGAGUGGGUCAUCUUCGACGAAGUGCAUUACAUCAACGACCCGGAGCGUGGUGUGGUGUGGGAGGAGUCGCUGAUCCUGCUGCCCGACACGGUGGGCAUUGUGCUGCUGUCAGCCACCGUUCCGAACGCGCUAGAGUUCGCCGACUGGAUCGGACACAUCAAGAAACGGAAGCUGCGGGUGAUAAGCACUGCAAAGCGGCCCGUGCCCCUGGAGCAUUUCCUCUACACGGGCCAGGGCGGCAAGUCGAGGGACGACAGGUUCCUCGUGCUGGACUCACGGGGCCAGUUCAUCACGCCAGGGUACCUGCAAGCGAUGGAGGCGAAGAAGGGCGCUAUAAAGAAGGGCGGCACGAGCGCUAGGGACAGUCGCGGGGCCCGCGGCGCUGGUGGCGGCGGCAGGGGCGGCCACGGCGGCCACGGAGGCCACGGAGGCGGCCAUGGCGGCGGGCCGCAGCAGGAACGUAACACGUGGAUCGGUCUGGUGGAGCACCUGCGCCGCCGCGAGCUGCUGCCAGUGGUGGCCUUCACGUUCUCGCGCGCGCGCUGCGACUCUAACGCCGCCUCACUCACCUCGCUGGCGCUGACCACCGAGCGCGAGAAGAACGAGAUCCGCUACUUCUUCAAUCGCUGCCUGCAGCGGCUGACAGCACCCGAUCAGAAGCUGCCGCAGGUGACCCAGAUGUCGGAGCUGCUGGCGCGCGGCGUGGGCGUUCACCACAGCGGCAUUCUGCCCAUCCUGAAGGAGGUCAUUGAGAUGCUGUUCCAGCGCGGCCUCGUCAAGCUUCUCUUUGCCACGGAGACGUUCGCCAUGGGGGUGAACAUGCCAGCCCGCACUGUGAUCUUCGACUCCAUCCGCAAACACGACGGCAAAGGGUUCCGCACCCUUUUACCAGGCGAAUACAUCCAGAUGGCGGGCCGAGCAGGCCGGCGGGGUCUCGACCCCACCGGCACCGUCAUCAUCAUGUGCAAGCACGAAGUGCCCGAGAGCUCUGAGCUACAGGGCAUGAUGCUGGGAAAGCCAACACAGCUGGUGUCGCAGUUCCAUCUCACCUACAGCAUGAUAUUGAACCUUUUGCGUAUUCAGCAGCUGCGAAUCGAGGACAUCAUGAAGAGUAGCUUCGCCGAGGUCGACGGUCAAAAGACACGGGCUGAAAAUGAACAGCGGCUGUCUAGGCUGCAGGCGAGCGUGGAGCAACAGCGGCCGUCGGUGGACAGGUCAUGUGCCGACAUCGACCCGUUCUUCACCGCCUGCCGCGACUACCUCCAGAUGCGCGACGGUGUCCGGGAGCGGCUGUACGCCACGAAUGCCGGCGUCAAGGCGUUGGAGAGCGUCGGCCAGCUGGUGGUCUUCUCCACGGACACGCUGUCCCGCCGGAUCGGCGUCGUGCUUCAGUUCCAGCGGUCAGCCGGCCACACGUUCUCAGUGCUGGCGUGUGAGGGCGGCGUGCGGCCCGACGACACGUCUCCGGUCGCCUGGCGCAUGCGCCAAGCCGUCUCGGACCAGCUGCUGGAGCCGGUGGGCCCGGCCACCUACGGCCUGCACACGGUGACCCGGGCAGACGUCGACCAGCUGCUGACCAAGACGGUCAAAGUGGAGGCCUCCAAGGUCGUGGACGACAUCAAGAGGCGGCAGCUGCCGCGGUUCGCCGACAACCCGCCGUCCGAGUCGUGCGCGCGCGCCAUCCGGGAGCUGGCGGCGGCCGCCGGCGUCGCGGCCCGCCAGCUGCACGUCAACCAGAUCGAGCUGGCGGACGACUUAGCCAGUCUGGAGCGGCUCCGGCAGCGUCUGCUGGAGUUCGAAUGCAUCCAGAGCCCGCUGUUCCCCGAGACGCUGGAGGCGGUGAGCGCGUACCGCGCGGUGCAGGACGAGAUCGCCGACCUGCAGUUCCGCCUGUCGGAUGCCUCGCUCCGGCUGCGCCCCGAGUACCAGCUGCGCGUUAACGUGCUCCGCCACCUCAGCUACGUCGACAAGAACAACGUCGUGAAGAUGAAGGGCCGGGUGGGCUGCGAGAUGGGAUACCGCGAGCUGCUCGUGACGGAGUUGGUGUUCCACGACGUGCUGACGCGGCGCGAGCCGGCCGAGAUCGCCGCCCUGCUCUCGGCACUCGUGUUCGAGCAGAAGCGCUGCAGCGAGCCGCAGCUACUGCCGGCGCUCGAGAAGGGUAAGGAGGAGCUGAUCAGUGUGGCCCGGGAGAUCGACCACUGCCAGAACGAAUGUCACCUGGGCGACGCCGAGAAACACGAGGAGAUGCUGAACUUUGGCCUGGUGGAGGUGGUGUUCGAGUGGGCCCGAGGCAUGACGUUCAACAACAUCGUGCAGCUGACGGACGUGCAGGAGGGCAUCAUCGUGCGCUGCAUCCAGCGGCUGGAUGAGACGCUGCGCGAUGUCAGGAACGCCGCCCGGACCAUCGGCAACCCCACGCUCUAUGAGAAGGCGAGCCAGGCCAGCACCGACAUCAAACGCGACAUCGUGUUCGCCGCCAGUCUGUACACGCAGACGUGAUGGCCGCUGUCGGUCUGUACACGCAGACGUGAUGGCGGCGGCCGGUCUGUACACGCAGACGUGAUGGCGGCGGUCGGUCUGUACACGCAAACGUGAUGGCGGCGGUCGGUCUGUACACGCAGACGUGAUGACCGAGGCCGGUCUGUACAUGCAGACAUGGCCAUGGCUGAGCUCCCUGUCCGUGUCUGCGAGAGGAACUCAUUCGCCGGUUUGUGCAGUGUCGUGUGCUUAACUGGCCGACCGUGUCUUUCGCCUAUGCCAGCAAGGAAUUUCUUCAACUUUUUUAGUAGCGGGGCUACGCUCUGUCUGGACUCCUGCCGGCACUAGCCUGUUAAUAAGUUGGCCAUGUGAUAAAUGUGUAUUUGACUGCAAUGGGGUAUGGUCGUGAAAUCAUGCUGCUGAGAUCUUAUGUUGCAAUAUACUAGUUAUGCAAUG